GUUGAAGUCUGCGGGAAAAGUGUGCAAGCUCGUUCAAGUUCGAUUUAUGACAUUCACCGAGACAACCUGUAUAGUACAGCAAAUAAAAGACAUCUGGCAUUUUCUAUACACGACAUAGCCCGGCGAAGAAAGUAGUCAUCUGGGUCAAGAGCUGAUAAACAUUGGGAUUCUUUACGUGGAACAAAACGACACCGCCCAAUGCCAAUAUAUCAUGUGUCUGUUAAUCAGGCACCCAAACAUUUGCAACAGACACCUGAUGAUACGCCGGAAACUUUAAUCAACUGUGUGUGAUAGGACAUGCACCUAAAGUCUUCGCUUGCCGUGUUAGUUUUUAUAGUACUACAAUCUGUUAUCAGACAUCUUUCUAGCGUUCGGAGGUUUUGAAUCGGCAGACCGGUUGAAACAGGCAGCGUGUGAUUCUGCGUUGGGCAGCCGCAGUGCCGUACCGUGUUGUGAAGUUCCGUGAAGCGGUGAGGAGGGCGGCAGGCGAACGGCAAGACACUUCCCCUCUCUCUCUCCUCUCUCUCUCUCUGCCCCCCAAAAAACACCGUCCCACCAUGGCAGGAGCCAAGCCAGGAGUUCACGCUCUACAGCUCAAGCCGGUGGAGGUUCCCAAGGAGCUGAAAGAAGGGAAUAAGUUCAUCAAAUGGGAGGACGAUUCCACAGUGGGAGUAGCGGUGACCUUGCGAGUGGACGAAGAAGGUCAAAUUCUCUACUGGACCGAUCAGAAUGGGGAGACAGAAUGUCUGGACAUCACCGUCAUCAGGGACACCAGGACAGGAAAAUACGCUCGGCUGCCCAAGGUAGGACAACCCCACGGGAAAUAAGGGCCGGGAUGCUGU